AUGUUAGUGACCGAGUAUGCCAUGAGAUUCGAGCAUUUGGCACGCUUCUACACCCAAGCCACCUCUGAGGCUUGGAAGUGUAGGAAGUUUGCUAAAUGCUUGAAGUAUGAUUUGAGGAGAGUGGUGGUGCCUAUGGCCAUCACGGAGUUUCCAUCCUUGGUAGAGAAGGCGAACGUUGUAGAGCGACUAGAGAGCGUCGGAAAGCCGGCAAAGACUGUUGGUAGGCCAGUUUGGUCCAAGAGUAGUGGUGGUUCUCAGAGGAAGCCUUAUGACAGGCCUCAACAACAAGGGGGUUCUGCCACAAGGAAGUCUACUAAGAGAGCUAGGAGUGGAGCUCAGGCUAUUAGAUGUUAUCGGUGUGGUGGGCCAUAUAUUAUCAGAGACUGCACUUCUGCACAACCAAGGUGUUUUAGGUGCAGCAAGUUUGGCCAUCUGGCCAAGGAUUGCCCAGUUGGGGCAAGUCAGUUUGGAGGUGCUCAAAGGAUGGAGCGACCUAGGGCGGCAGGGAGAGUUUUUGCUUUGACAGGAGAGGAGGCUUCCACCUCACCAAACUUGGUGAAGGGGAAGGGUAAAGCUGCAGGUACAGAGUUGGAGGAUGAGGUGUUGGUAUCAACGGGUCAGGGUGAGCAGUUGAUGAGGGAUGGAGCUGAGUGCUUCAUGUUGUUUGCCGCUUUGAGUAUUGAGACAGAGAGGGUUAUCACUAGGAUUAAGAUUGUUAGUGAGUUUCCUGAGGUAUUUCUAGAUGAUGUGCCAGGAUUGCCACCUAUACGUGAUGUUGAGUUUAGCAUUGAUGUGGUACCAGGCACAGGACCGGUAUCAGUGGCUCCUUAUAGGAUGGCUCUAGUUGAGUUGAUAGAGCUAAAGAGACAAAUUGAGGAUUUAUCAUUGGAGGAUCACCGUGAGCAUUUGAGGUUGGUUUUGGAGGUGUUGAGGGAUAGACAAUUGUAUGCCAAACUGUCCAAGUGUGAGUUUUGGUUAUCGAAGGUGAGAUUUUUGGGGCAUGUGAUAUCAGCAGACAAGAUUGCAGUAGAUCCAGCCAAGGUGGAGGCUAUCAGGGCUAGGUUGGAGCUGUUGGCUGAGUCAGCUGCUGGAAGUGGGAUUUUUUUGGUUCCUAGUGUCAGAGUUACCAUCUUGGGUAAUAGUUUUGUGCUUGACCGGCACUAG